GUUGUAAACAGAUUGACUGUUUCUGGUUUUGUUUUGUUUUUUUAAAAAAUCUUUCCCCCCUUUCAUCUGUUAAUCCCCGCUUCUCGGAAUCCCUUUCUGUUAAUCAUCGGUGUUUGAAAAAAAUACUGAUUUUCUGGUUUGUUUUUGUUUCAGUAAUUAACAGUGGAUUGAAAGCAAACUUAGAUAAGGUUUUCUUCAAAAACCAGGUGUUUUCAGAAUCGAGAUCCAGUUUUUUUUUCUAUUUUUUUCUGAUUAAAUCAGCUUGGAGGGUGAUUUUUUUAUACCCGAAGCUUGAUUUCUUUUAUGCUAUCUUGGAUUUAAAGGGGUUUAUCUAUUUGAAUAAAAAACCUCAUUAGCCUUUCCUGGGUUUUCAAACCUGUCCUUAAAUUUUGGUAAGAAUCGGGUUACUUAUCUUUGAUUUCUCCGUGUUAUUUUUCUGGUUUCAAUCUUUGCUUACUUCAUUUAAAAAAAAAGAAAUGGCAGCUACAAUGGAUUUCUAUAGUAGCAGCUUCAAUGGUGGAGAGUUGAUGGAAGCACUUGAGCCUUUUAUGAAAAGUGCUUCUCCCCCUUCACCUUCCCCUUCCUACCUCUCUUUCUCUUCUUCCCAAGCACUUGAGGGGAACACUUGUUAUUUCCCAACAGUUUAUCAAUUUUUAGGUGUUCAACAAUCUCAGUUUGGUUCUACAAUUGAGCUAAACAAUUUAACCCAAGCUCAGAUGAACCAAUUCAACCAACCAAUCUACCUUUAUCAAAGUCCUCAACCCAACAACCACCACCACAUGGUGAGCUUUCUUAGCCCCCAAACAGUCCCAAUGAAACACAUGGUUUCACCACCAAAACCCACCAAGCUUUACAGAGGAGUUAGGCAACGUCACUGGGGAAAAUGGGUCGCUGAGAUCCGGCUACCCAAGAACCGUACCCGGCUUUGGUUAGGCACUUUCGAUACGGCCGAGGAAGCAGCCUUGGCUUAUGACAAAGCAUCCUAUAAACUUAGGGGUGACUUAGCGAGACUCAACUUCCCCAACCUUCGCCACCAUGGUUCCCAUAUCGGAGGCGAUUUCGGUGAAUACAAGCCUUUGCUUUCCUCUGUCGAUGCCAAGCUUCAAGCCAUUUGCGAAAGCUUGGAACUGAACCAAAAGCAAGGGAGCAACAAGAAGACGAAAUCAUCAAAGGAGAACAAAGUCCAAUCGGAAAAGCCCGAGGAGAAGACUGUGAAAAUGGAGAGCUCCCCCUUAUCUUCGUCUCCGGUUCAGUCGGAAAAUGAGGGGUCGACGGAAUCUUCACCUUUUUCCGAUCUUACUCUCUCGGACUUCAACGAGAAGCCGUGGCCGGAAGUUGUUACUUCUUCUGAGUCUUUUAUGUUGUCCAAAUACCCAUCUUAUGAGAUCGAUUGGGAUUCUAUUUUAAAAUCUUAAUUUGGGUUUCUUUGUGUAGUCUUUGUAAGAGCUCACUGCAAUGGAGUUUUUGGCAGUUGCAGUGGCAGGUUCUUUAGGUUAUUAUGAUUUAAGAGUCUGUUCAUGGGUACUGUGUAAGUGUUUAUAAGAAUUUAAGUUUCUCAAUGGUUGUCUGCUCGUUUUUUCUUGCAGGAUCAAAGGGAGAAAUUUGUUAGCGUCCAUAGAAGUUCAUGGGUUUUGUAACGGAAUCUAUUAGUGUUA